AUGGAAAUGCGGUUUGCAAGGGUGUUGGCGAAUUCAGGGAAGCAGUGUUGCGAAAAAUUGGCAAGGCACUCAACCAAUAAUGGAGAUGCUCAAGGAGAACUGUUUAAGAAGGUGGCGCAGAGUAAACCACCAACCUAUCAAGGAAAGCCUGAUCCAACUAUACUGGAAAACUGGUUGAGGGAGUUUGAGAAACUGUUCGGGGCAGUAGGGUUCCCAGAGAACUCAAAAGUAGGUUGUGCUACCUAUUACCUUAGGGGUGAAGCUGACGUUUGGUGGCAGCAAAAUGAAGCUACCAUUAAGGCAUUACCUGGAUUUAAUUGGACUAUGUUUCAAGAGAAGAUUAGGGACAAGUUUUACCCUAGCUUCUUACAGAAACAAAAAGCUGAGGAAUUUUCAAAUCUUGCUAUGGAAAAUAUGUCAGUUACUGAAUACUACACCAAGUUUAUUGAGCUGUCACGUUUUGCUAAGGAGUUUGUUUCUACAGAAAAGUCUAAGGCUAGAAAGUUUGAGAGUGGUCUGACUACUGAUUUACAGUUAAAGCUAUGUGGUCAAGUAUUUGAAACCUUGGAUGAAGUGUAUGGAGAGCUGCACACCUAUAUGCCUUAG